AUGCUCGCGACGACGAAAAAGGACAGGAGGCAGCCGCAGCGCGCCGCCAAUCCUUCCGCUGUCAUCGCAGACUCCGAGUAUGUCGCGCGGCGGGUCAAGCGGCAUCUCAACGAUCUCGAACGGACGAAUUACACCGAGCCGACGACCGGUCCAUCGGCUUACGGCGAGGCGGACGACGAGAGCAAGGGGCCGACGGCGCUGGGCAAGGACGACGACGGCAAGAAGCGCAAGCGGUCGAUGGCGGUCCGCUCCCUCCUCAUGUACCGGAAGAACCUCGCUGCUCUCCUUGACGAAUCCAACCUGUCGGAAGCCCUGCCCAACCAGCCCAACUACCUCACCGCCGCUGCUCCUCCCUCACGACACCCUCCUCUCGCCAUUUGUUCCGUCUGCGGCUAUACCGGCAAAUACUCGUGCUUGAGGUGUGGGCUCAAGUACUGCGACAUCGGGUGCCGGACGACGCAUGACGAGAGUCGAUGCGAGAGGAGGUGA